CUAUCGACUCUCUCUUGAGUGUCUCGAAUGUGACAUGGCGUCCAUCAAGAUAUAUCACGGCCUCCUGUAAAUCUGUUUUAAUGACAGUGGUCUCUGUUUAAAUUUUAUUACUGAGGCCGUAAAAAUCGUAUUUUUGCAUUGAUGGUAAUGCAUGCAAGGAAACCUCACCGAAUAAGCGAUGGGUACUUUGAGAAGCAUCAGGCCCAUCCAUAUCAGAAAUAUAAUUCGAAGAGAGCUAAUGAGUAUGGAUCAUCUGACCGGUACACACCACUCCGAUCCCCCAAUGGGAACAUGUCCCACGGGCACAUGGGACACUCUGGCCACUCACACCACCACUACCACAUGGUUGAUGAACGAGGAUAUGUCACAUCUAGAAAUUCCUACAUGCAGAAAGGUUCAGAAAAGGAGAGAGACAGAGACUACAAAUCCUCUAGGAAUAAGUACACAGAUGUCAGAUCGCCGAAGGAGAAACGCAGUAAAGAGAGUGAACGGGAGAAGAACAAUCACGAACGAUGUGAAUCUGAGAAAAAAAGGACUAGUGGAAUGAACAGUAGUGUAAAUUCGAGUAGCAAAUAUUAUAAGAGGAGUGCGCCCCCCUCGAGUGCGCCCUCUAGUGAGUGGUCGGAACACAUUAGUUCUUCGGGCAAGAAAUAUUACUAUAACAGUGAGCUUGAAGUGUCACAGUGGGAGAAACCCAAGGAAUGGGACUCGAGGAAAAAUUCAUCCAAAGAACAACAGACUACGUAUUCAUCAUCAUCAUCCAGAAGCAAUCGCGACAAGAGAUCUAGCUCGCGGUCGCGGCGGCGGGAGUCGGAGAAGUCGAGUAAACGCGCGAACAGCACGUCGGAGCGGUAUUGGAGCGGCUCGCGCGAAAACGUCGUCGAGCGGACGCGGACGAAACACGCGCCGCACGCCGCGCACGACGGGAAAGAUGGUCACCAUUCGCUGCAGGACAUGGACAUAUCGCCGGACCGGAGCACGCCGCUGUCGGAGGGCUCGUACCGCGAGGGCGGCCCGCCGAGGCCGGAGCCCGGGGCCGUGCCCCCGGUCGUUGUCCUGGAUAACUCUAAUCAGACGAGCGGGUCGCUGCUGGCGGCGGCGCUGCCGCGCAUAGUGGCCGCGCCCGUCGCGUCGACGUCCGGCGCGGCGUGCAACAACGGCGGCUCGCCGCGCAGCCGCUCGCCGACGCCGCAGCGCGACGCGGGCCCGCCCACGCCGACGCACUCGGAGAGCGUCGACCCGCACGCGCCGCCGCUGCAUCUGGACAACGCGCUGCCGAGGAAGAUGGAGUGCCUCGGCAGCUACUCGUCGGUGGUGGGCAGCCUGCAGCAGGCGGCGCCGAUGCUGACGCCGUCGCUGCUGAACCACGUGCGUGCCGAGCUCACUGCGCACGUGACCGGUUGGCCGGCGGACAUACUUGAGAAACAGGCAAAUAAGUACACAGAGGAGGCGUACCAACUCGGUUGUCUGCAGUGUACGCGCGUGUCCACCGAGCUCAAGUGUUCCCGCUCCAUUGUCCGCCACACGGAGAUACAGGCGACGCUACAAGAACAGAAAAUUAUGUACCUACGCCAACAAAUAUCGCGGCUCGAGGAGCUCAAGUCGCAGAACUCGUUCAUGUCGGAGGACUAGGGGUUGCGGUGGGGGGUGGUCGCCGCGCCCCCCGCCCCAGCGCCCCCCUCCACACCCGCCAGCCCGCCGCACGCGCAUUAGCGUCCCAGCCGCCGGGCAGGACGGACGCGCAACAGCUGCGAUCCAUCCGGGGCAAGUAGGCGAUGCGCGGCCACCGCCUCGGCUGACGGCCGAAGCACAGUGGCGGUGGACCGGCGCGCAGUAGCUUCUAGCAUUGUGACAGCAGAAGCCGUGGAGCGGUCGUGUGACGUAAGGCGAGACAGCGGCCGGUGGUGUGUGUGACUGCUUGUGAGUUAGUGGAGAUUGGGUUUCCUGGAUUGUAAUGUGUUUGAAGUUAGUUGCGUCGGAAGUGUCAAAAGUAGAUGUGGAGAAUAUGUUUACAUAGUUCAGGAAGAUGCAGUUUACAAUAUAUAGAUUUCCCAGGUUUAUAGUUUUUGAAAAUACAUUGAUGUAGGAAAGGAUUCACAAUGUACUGUUUAAAUAGAAGAAAUAUACAGCUAUGAGUGUUUUCAGCAUAUGCAGGUAUUUAAUUUUUCGUCAAUAUUGAUAAGCGGGACAAGACGAACCGAGUAAAUAGAAUAGGUUUACUGCAUUGGUUUGAGACUACACUAAAACUAUAUGAUAAGGUUAAAAAUGAUAUUCUACAUCUAACAUGUGAAAUCAUAGAACUUGGUUGUAUGCAAUAAUAACAUCGUUAUUACCAGUACAUAAACCAUUUGAUAAUGCAGGAAAACACUAGGAGAUUUGUUGAUUGAUGUUGUUUUGUGUGUGAAAUGUUAAGAAAAGGCACACAGUGUUCAUUAGUAAAAGAUUUCCUGUGAAGUAAUCUUUAUGAAGUCAUGUAACUGAGAUGCAGUGUUCGGUAGGCUUUGGAAAUCAGAGUUAAUUCACUUUAAGAAGAUUCCCGUGGUAUCCAGUGACCAAAAAGGGAAGUGAAAGCGAAUUGAAAUAAGAAUAGAAAGUGUAGAGGAAAGGGAGUCGGAGAUUAUGGACCGUCUGCAGUUAGUCUUCACGAGGGUCACACAGGCCGCCGAGGGCUCACAACAGUUCUGUGACGAAACUCUUUCAUUCCGUUCCUUCAGUGUCGUGUGCAUGACAGUCGUCAAUUUAUAAAUGUAGCUAGACGAUUUGAUCUAUUUAUUGAAAGAUCUAUUUUUGCGAACAUUGUAAUUUUAUCAUUUAUCGUGGAGUGUAGUGAUUGGCCGAUGUGGCCGAUUGGAUUUCGACUAUAUUUAUCGAAGAGCAAUUGUUCGCUUAAAUUUUUUAUUUUCUAUUUGUUAGAUCAUUCGCUGGGCAAGGAAUAAGGUUGACGAAUUUUAUGACAGUUAUAAUACGUUCAAAGAUUAGUUUAAGUGAAUGCUUGACGAUUUUAACUUUAAUUAUUACAUUGCCGAGAGUUGAAUAGUAGUUACAAUAGUUUGUUAUGGUUUGUUGUCUGAUGAAGUCAUUUGUCUCACAAACAAAUGUUUAAGUGUCCUUGUAUGUUCACGAAUAUAGCUCAUAAUAUAUGUGUGAAAGUAGUAUUGAUAACUGAUUAGUCCAAAUGGCAUAUCUCUAAUUGAGUAUAUAAGAUAAAGCCAUUAUGCCUUAAGAAAAAGUGGAUGGUCGUGUAAAUUGAAAUUACAUUAGCUUUGAUAAACAAUCUUUAAACUUACAAUUGAUUUUUAUUAGCUAUCUUCAAGCCAAAGACCAAAGCACGUCGACAUAAUGCUUGUCUACACAUCAGUUCUAUUUGACUUUUGUCUUGUGUUACAGUCAAGAUUCCUUACUAGUUGUUAGUGUUGAUUGGUUUACACAAUAAUUUGUUAGAUAGUGAAUAAUAGCUGAAUUGUUUGUAUAGUGUACCUUAAGCGUUCAUUAGUUAGAGUUAAGUAGCAACUUACCCAUGCUACGAUGGUGGAUCCACACGAUCGUGUUUGUUGUUAAUUUUGCAUGAUGCAUGUCAUUGAUCAACAAGGAAUCUUGGAAUUUGUCCAUAUGUCCGUAAGACUGUAUUUCGCGUGAGAAGUGUUGAUGCAAUCCGAACUAGAAAUUUGAGCAUGUUCCACCAGCCCUUAUACAUUGGCUUUAGUAUAUUUGAAAUAGAAUAAUUAGUUGUUUGCACACUGACGAAUGGCCCUUCGGCCGUAACGCGUGUUGUAAUUCUUUAUUCCUUGAGGCCAGCGAAUACCGUCAGCUAUAAGGGUAUUGUGUUUUGUAAUGCGUUGACUGUAAAGUUUAAAUUAUUAAAGUGGAUAAUUUGAUAGGGAAUUAUUCUUUGUAGCGAUUGCGUUAGUUUGCCGUCGGUGCGCGCUCGCUCGCACUCUGGGGCCGGUGCGGUCUUUGACUAGGUGCUAAUAAAAUAACCGAUACUUAAAUUGAAACAGUCGAUCAUACCAACUUGUGCGGUAACUACCAAUAGUUGAUAGCGCUUUAAAUAUCGGUAAUUUUGUUGCAAAUUCACUCUGAAAUAUUUCAUUUAGUUUUAGUGUCCUUGAAUGAUUCGUAAUGAAUUUCUCGUUUAAAAACCUCUUUCUUUUUAAGCGUAUAAUAAAUAGCGCUUAAAAGAUGACAUUUAAAUAACUUUAUAUUAUCUUUGCUUUGAUUCAUCCCUCUAAAUAAUAUUGUGAUACCCGCUACCCAAAUACUUUGUUAACUGUUGUUGUUACUUAAUCUUUCAUAAGUAACAUUCUCACAUGUUUCACUUCUCUAUUAACUUAAUUGCAUUUUGUUGUCAUGUUUUCUAAGACGUAAAAUUCAUGUUAAUAUUGUUAAUUUGAUCUCAAGUUUUGAACGAAAGUAACUAAUAAUUAAACUAUUGUUUUUGUAUUGAAGAAGGAUAAUUGACUCAUUCAAUUUUGAAAUUUCUGUAUACCUGUUCACAUUUAUAACUCUACCAAUGUUUAAAUGGGGAAGUAGCGCUUCCCUUCUUUUAUAUGAAUUAUUAAAAGCCCGGCCCCUGUUGAUGUAUAAAAUUGUAAAAAAAAAAUCGAGUAUUUUGUAUGAGUCGUAGUAGUUUAAUUUUAAUUGUAAGCGGUCGAGCGCGGCCAGCGUCUUCACUAGAUAGGUAAAACGUUCUAGGUCUUUUUAUUUUUUUAACAUAGGAAUUAUAAUUUGUAUUGCUGAUUCAAUGACACCAAUUGAGUGUAAUAUACAUGAAAUUAACAGAAGUACUGUGAUAUAAUUCACUUCACAUUUAAUAUAGGGAUAAUUAAUGGCGGGCGUGGUUGUGGGGUCGACUGUUGUCGCGCAAUGUACAGAUCGCUAUAUAUGUGCGGCGACGUCGCGCGAACGUGGCCCGUGUGCUAAGGUCCACUUUACACUAAAGUGGAUCCGCCGGUGUUCGCUCUAAACAAUGAAUCGAGCAUUCGGUUAGUGAUUCGCAUUAACGCUAGUCGCGUUACAAAAGUUUUGUUGACAGAUUUUUCAACAAAUCUAGCUGAUUAUUAACUGUACUUCUGUGUCGAACGGAGAGCAAUAGCGACCAUUGAAGGCGUGAUAUCUAUAUGAAACAUCGCAAUAAAUUUAUAAAUUAGAAUAGUAUCAAUGCAACGAGCACUAAUGUAAAUGAUAGUUUCUAAACGCGUUUCUAUUGAUUAAUGAAUACGUAGGUAAGUUGUUAUGUGUAACUAAUUUUCGAUAACCAUUCACUGCGCGCUAAUAUACCUCACUACGUUUAAUUGAAUUGUUGGAAGUUCGGCUUCCAGUCGCUGCUCGCCGCGGUCACGGCCCCACAUUGAACACGCCCACUUUCCUUUUAUUUCCAUGUCUUAUCGUAAAGUAUUUGUUUUCAGACAUUGUUCGAAAUACAAAGAUUUAACCAGUUUAAAUAAAUCAGUUUCAAAUAAUCAUUUGUAUUAAUUGUUUACCAAUAAACUUUAAACGUUACA